GUUCAUUCAAAGAAAAUGAGAACAGCUACCAACUUUUAUAUUGUGAAUUUAUCCAUUGCCGAUUUGCUUGUUGCUUGCUUUCCAAUAUGGAUUCACCUGGUCGAUGACGUCACUGAAGGUUGGGUAGUCGGGGCGUAUUUCUGUAAAUUUAACCCUUUUAUACAAAUUACAGCAAUGUGUGCUAGUAUAUUUACCUUGGUAGCUAUAGCUGGAGACAGAUUCUUCGCCAUCAUGUUCCCUUUGAAAUCACGUAUUACACAGAGGAGGGUCAGUUUCGUAAUGGUAAUUAUAUGGACAUGUGCUGCAGCCAUAGGUAUGCCAGCUUUGUUUUUCUACAAGUACACAAAGAGGCAAUGGAAAGAUUUUCUAGAAAGAUUCUGCUCUGAUGUAUGGCCACAGACGAGAAACUCGGAUGGUGAAUGUGAUAACGGCUACAGGUCAAAGAGUGCGUACUGGGUAUGUGUUCUUGUCGUUCUUAACUGGAUUCCUAUGGUAAUCAUGAUAGUGAUGUACACGAUCAUCCUUGUGAGGCUUGGCAAGAGAAGAAUUAUUCCCAGUUCUGGCGCGCUAUCUACAUCUGCAAUACAACAGAGAUCAAAACGAAAGGUUGUCAUGAUGUUGUUUGCCAUAUUGAUAGCAUUUAUUGUAUGUGCGAUACCUUUUCAAGUAACAAAGCUGUUUGAACUGUUUCGGUCUGACAGAAGGCAAUCGCUUCCUGAUUGGUACAAUCCUCUGUAUUUUAUUGCUGUAACAUUGUUGUACACCAACAGUGCAUUGAAUCCAAUAAUAUACAGUGGUCUGAAUGAAAAUUUCAUGACCAGCUUUAGAAGCUUGAUCAAAACAGUUUGCAAAAGAAAACCAAAAUCAAACAGAUGUAACAAUAAGAACACCACACAGAUGAUUAGCAUUGUAGAUUCUCGAAGAGGAUCUAAAGCAUCCAUGUUGGAAGGGAUAGCAGACGAACAAAAUGGAACUUUCCGAUAUAUAACUUCUAACAAAAACCACCUAAACUCCAUUCGAAAUUCUAUUCCUUAA